AUGGCUGCAGGACUCAGUAUCGGGGAAGUCGCAGAACCAGUCAUGAGUGCAGGACUAACUGUUAAGGCUGGAGCUGCAUUUCUAGAGAAGCCUGUAUGUGAACCUCUUGUGCCUGUGAUGCCUUCAGUUGUUCUACCCCACAAUGAAUGCAUGCUAUUGGAAACAGCACACUUGUUUAAGGCACUCAAGAUUGCACUUUCAGAUUUAGAGAAGUUUUAUGAUCAAUUGAGAAAUCAACAAGAUCUUGACAUCAGUGACCUCAAUGAUCAACUGUGUUACCCAUACAUUGACCAUGUAAAAGUUGGAAAGAUUGAUGCCAAACUCACAUAUAUUGACAGUCGAGGUGAUCAUAUAUUUAAUGCAGAAAUGAAAUAUGGUUCCACAUCAUUAUCUCGCAUUGUCAUUGUCAAAUUUACCAAGAGAUAUUCAAUAGAGUGUCACACCACAUGUCAUAACAUGGAAUUUGCCCCAGAACUGUUUGUCUGUGAGCAGGUUGCUGGUGGAUGGUAUGUUGUAAUCAUGGAGUUGCUGAUGGAAUACCAUACAGCACACUCUUUGGCUGGGGAGUAUCUUCUCUCAUCCAAAACAUUGAAACAAGUAGAGACACUGGUAAAAAAGAUGCAUGACCUUGGCUUUGUGCAUGGGGAUCUGAGACUCCCAAACAUUCUGGUGGGUCCUGAGUGUUCAGUAAAGUUAGUAGACUUUGACUGGGCUGGCAAGAUUGGAGAAGCCAUCUACCCACCCCUUAUUAUUAUGAAUCGUAAAAUCAGUUGGCAUCCAGAGGUGAAGUUUGGAGCAGAAAUCUGGCCAGAACAUGACUUAUAUAUGCUGAGUAGAGUGCUUAAUAACCUUCCCAAGAGUUGA